AUGGGAAAUGAUAAAGAAGACGAUGGGUACGGUAGCGAGAUAAAGACAAAAACUCAGCAAGGACAAAAAUGUCUUGAAAACUUACGAAAUCAUGAGGAAAAACGACUGCUGAGAAAUAUGCGACUCACAGUUAAAAGCUCAAAAACUGCCUGUAUAGCCGAGUCGUUGGAGACGUUCGUUUACAAUCCAGUAACAUCGAAAGACUCCAUUACACUUAUUACGAACUUAAUAAUAUUUUCUGUAGUGAAAAUUCUCGAGAAAAAUUACUAG